AUGGCGAGGGUCGCGAGAAGAGGUAAAGGUUCUAUGGACCCAGAUGAUGAACAGAAGGAUUCUGUUGGUAGUUUGUUAGAAACACCUUCACAAUUGUUGUCUAAUGUGUUGAAGACGUUGGAGUUUACAUUUGAGAAAGAUAUUGGGAUGUUGAAUGGACCUCAUGUGAAAAGUGUGCCUGAUUUUAGAACUCUCUCUGAUCUGAAGAAUCAGUUGGAUAAAUUGAAUACUGUGAUCGAUGAUAUAAGUAAUAAUGAUAAGGAGUUGAUUGAGAAAUUGAGGGAGAUCAGGGAAAAUAAGUUGAAGGAUAAAGAUACGAAGGGACCUGGUGUUAUGAAGGACACUGAUGUAGAUAUGGAUAAGAGCAAGGACACCGAUGUGGGCCAGGACGUUGAAAUUGAUGAUUCUGAAUCUGUAGAGGCUAAUAGAAAGGAUAACGAUGAGAUCGAGCCGGCAGAAGAUACUGCUAUCCAACAGACUGAUACUCCUAGUGAAAAGAGUGAGGUACAAGCCGAGCAUGGAGUUAAGAGACCUUUCACUGAAGAGGAAGAAGGAGAAGCAAAAGAAGAAGAGCAACAAGAAGAAACAAACGACAAGAAGAGACACCAACAAGAAAGUGUCGCCCAAAACCCCACUGACGAGAUCCCAUUCCCAGAAGAAAAUUUAACUGUCCCAGAAAGAAAGAAUGAUGCUCACCUACUAGAAAAGGAUAAAAACAGAAUGGAAAAUGAUCCAAACUAUAAAAAUCCUAAUGCAGAAUUUGUUAUCUCUCAAACCUUACCAGCGGCUGCAUCUGCCCUAGGGUUAUAUUCUGAAGAUGGUACACUGGAAAGAACAGGUGAAGCUUAUUUAAAGAAAAAAUAUAGUGUUGCAAGUUAUCCAUUGAAUGACUUAAAAGAGUAUCUUCCGGGCACGUUACCUGACAUGGAUUUUUCAUGCCCAAAACCAACUAACCAGAUUCAAUUCAGUACUUUUUUGUCGUCUGUGGAUAAUUACUUCAGAGAUUUUACAGAUGAUGACAUUAAGUUUUUGAAAACCGAAUAUAUCUUACCUGCAAAUCUAUCGAUGGAUAAGUCUUAUGAACCACAGAGCACACCUUACAUUAUUCCGAAGCUCGGUCCUCUAUACUCGACUAUAUGGCUAAAAGAAGACAACAAUCAAAACAUUGGGAAUAUAUCUCCACCGAUCAUCGCAACUCCAGAUACAAUUUUACCUAAAUUAGGACCAGAUGAUAUUAAUGACUCAGCUUUAGACUCGGAAAAUGUAUCCUGUGGCCCUUUAUUGUCUAGAUUGCUAUCAUCGAUUUUGAGAACUGAAGUUGAAAAUGACGACGAUGAAGAUAAUAAUGUGAGAAAAGAAAAUGAGACUAAUGCUCCUUCAUCUCAACAAAACUCAGCAACAAACACCGAUGGUAACAUAUCUGUUAAGAUAGAAAACGAUGCCACAAAUGAAGAAGGUAUCAAUAAUGUUCACGUCGAAUCCAAGAGUGAAGAGGUCGAACCACCAAAUGAAGAACUAUUAGAGUUGACACGCAAUCUCACAGCCGUGAAAGAGGGUAUAAUCCCGCAGCAGCCAUCUUUGAACAUUGACAAUGUCAACAUUGACUACCCAACAUUUGAAGAGCGAUUAAAGAGAGAAUUGAAGUACGUUGGUAUAUACAUGAAUCUCCCUAAAGAUGAAAACAACCCAACUGGGGAAGAUCCAGAUUGGCUAACAGGCAGAGAAGAUGAUGAAGUUAGUGCAGAAUUGAGAACAUUGCAACAUUCUUUGAAAUCAGUCACGGUGAAAAAUGCCAGGCGGAAAACACAACUUCUUCCAAGAUUGGAGAGGUACCUUGCAUGGCAAGAAUACUUAUCGAUCUUGGACGAUCUUGACAAGCAAAUUGAUCAUGCAUACAUCAAAAGAAUAAGAGCACCCAAGAAGAAAAAGAAGCAUCACCAUGCAGCCAACCCGGUGCAAUCUGCAUCGCAGAUUGCACAACAAAAGGCUGCCAACUCGAGUCUGAGGGCCUUAUUGGACAGGAGAAAGCGUUGGAUCACAAAGAUUGGUCCUCUAUUUGACUCACCUGAGAUAAUGAAAAGAAUCCCUAAAGAAAACAUCUUCAAAGACAUUAAUCAAGAGGAUGAAGACGAAGAUGCCGAUGUGUUUGGUCAGAGCACUGGCAACAAAGAAGACGAACUGCCAGAGCAAUAA